ACUGUUGCCAUGGAGACCUUUAACCUCAAUUUGGCUAGCCCAACCUGCCGAGUGCAAACACCUGUUCAGAAGAGUCUUCUGGACCUGACAGAGAUGGGCAAAGGCCUGAAGGUGCAGACCGAGAAGCCGCACCUGGUGAGCCUGGGCAGUGGGCGCCUCAGCACCGCCAUCACUCUCCUGCCUCUGGAAGAGGGCAGAACAGUGCUGGGCUCCGCUGCUGCAGGGGACAUCGUGCUGCAGGGGGCCGGGGUGGCACCCAAGCACUGCUUCAUCGAGAACAUGCGCGGGGCUCUCACGCUGCACCCUUGCGGGAACCCAUGUGCCAUUGACAGCCUGGCAGUCACACGGCCCACGCGGCUUUCCCAAGGUUGUAUGAUCUGCCUGGGCCAGUCGACCUUCCUUCGGUUCAAUCACCCAGCUGAGGCCAAGUGGAUGAAAAGCAUGAUUCCCGGAGGGGGACGAAGCCCUGCGCCCCAGUAUGGCCUCAUAGCAGAGUCGCAGAGCCUUGUGAAUGGCAACCCAGAGACAACCAAGGCCUCCCGGCCGAGUCACAGUGCCCUGGUCAGCUCCAUCGAGAGGGACUUGCAGGACAUCAUGGACUCCCUGGUGCUGGAGGAAGAAGGCGGCAGCGCCAAGCACCUGCCCAGAAGCGCUCCGUCGCCAGACGCGAACGGCCGGGUGGGGCGCUACCUGCUGUCGCCCCCCCAGAGCCCCGGCGCCAUGUCUGUGGGCUCCAGCUAUGAGAACACCUCUCCGCCCUUCUCGCCGCUCUCGUCCCCUGCCAGUAGCAGCAGCUGCGCAAGUCACUCGCCCGGCAGCCAGGAUCAGGGCCCCGCCAUCCCGCCGGUGGUGCCCGUCCGCUCCUCCAGCUACAACCAUGCCAUGUUAAGUCCCCCCGGCGGGGCGGGGCUGGACGCAGGGAGCCCCAGGGCAGCGCGGAGGACCAAGCCGGAAAGGCCCCCCAGCCCCACGCCCAGCCGCAGGGCCCGGCCUUCUGGGGAUAGCGCCCACCCUGGCCAGCGCAGCUCCCCUCCGCCCACGCUGCUCGCCGGACUGAGCAACAGUCUGCCGGGCAGCCCUCGGGCUCAGCUGCCCGGCAGCCCACGCCUGGCGUCCAAGCUCCAGCCGCUCUCCACUGCACGGACCAAGGCUGCGCCCCUUCAAGAGAGGCCCCCAAGCCCCUUCCGGGAGGCACCUACCAGCCCUUCGCGGCAAGGCCUGGGACGAGGCCUCCAGGCGUCGGAGGCGGCAGGUGGUGGGAGCGUCCAGCAGUCGGGCCGGGCCCUGCAGCCCCCUGAAAGCCCCCGGCUGAGUCGGCGGCCCCUGGAGAGCAUGCGAGAACUGCCGCCGCCCAGCCCUGCGCUGUCCCGCCGAGCGGCGUCUCCGGCCCUCCUGCCACAGGCCAAAGCCGGCGAGAGCCCCUCUGCCUGGCGGCGGGCGGCCCUCGACGAGGCCUCUGCCGCUGCCACCGCCACCUCCCUGCCCUGCCUGCGGGGCCGCAGCCCGUCGCCCAUCCUGCCGGCGGGGGGAGAGGCUGCCCCGCGCAAGCCAGGCCCCGGCCUGAGCCCUGCCCCCAGCCUGGGCUCCCUCAGCCUGGCCUCCGCCUCGCCCCGCCAGAGCCCCCGGGCGCAGCGCAAGUUUUCUGGGGAAGCCCAGCUGCUGGGGGGAGCACCCAUGCGGGAGCGCAAGCACAGCAUCUCCGAGCUCAGCGGCGCCGAGGGGGAUUUGCUGGAGUACCACCGGUGGCAGCGCCAGGAGCGCCUGCGGGAGCAAGAGAUGGAGCGGCUGGAGCGCCAGCGGCUGGAGACCAUCCUGAGCCUGUGUGCCGAGUACACGCGGGGCGACGGCGAGGGCCCCCGGGAGCACUGCACCUUCCCCAGCGCUGCUGAGAGCACCGCCCAGUCUGGGGGGCAGAGGCCCUCCAAGGGCUCCGCUGGGCUUGGGCCGGCCAGAGAGCUGCUGGCGGGGGCCCUGGGGCCACUGGAGCGGGAGGGCCUGGAGCGCUCAGACGAAGAACACCUGAAGGAGGAGAGCAGCAGCACGGAGAGCGCAGGCCAGGAGCACGAGGAGCCACGCAGCAGCAAAGCCGGUCAGGAGGCGGCCCGUCUGGAGGAGGAUCGGGCCCGCGCCCUGGCCCACAUCGACCUGCUCAAGAGCCGCACCAAGGAGCUGGAGCAGCAGCUGCAGGAGACGGCCCGGGAGGCGGAGAUGGAGCGGGCCCUCUUGCAAGGCGAGCAGGAGGCCGAGCUGAUCCAGCUGCAGCAGGAGCAGAAGGCGGCUCAGCACUUGCAGGAGCGACUGUCCGGCCUGGAUGCCAUCAUACGCCGCGACCGGGACAAGGAGAGGGCAAAGGUUGAUGCGGAAAGGAAGGAGCUCGAGCGACUGCGGGCGCUGUACUCCGAGCUCCGGAGCCAGCUUGAUAACUGCCCCGAGUCAAUGAGGGAGCAGUUGCAGGACCAGGCACAAAGGGAAGCCGAGGCGCUGGAAGCGGAGACCAAGCUCUUUGAGGACCUGGAAUUCCAGCAGCUGGAGAAGGAGAGCCGCUUGGAGGAGGAGCGGGACCUGCUCAGCCAGCAGCUGCUGCACAGCAAGGCCGAGAGCCACCACAGCAUGGCGCGGAGGAAGGAGCGCGUGGCAGCCCUGGAGAGCCAGGCCGACCAGAUCCGGCUGCAGGCUGCUCAGGAGGCUGACCGGCUGGGCAAGCAGAAGAGCGCCGCCCUGCAGCUGCUGCAGAAGGAGAAGGAGGCCCUCCUUGCGCUGGAGAGACGGUACCGGGCGCUCACCGGGGGCUCCGGCUUCCCCAAGGCCUCGACGGCCCUCCGAGAGGAGUCGCUUGCUUUUUCCGAGUUGGAGGAGGGGGCUGACUUUGCGAGCCCCCUCUGUGCAGCGGCUCCCUCCACUCAGCCCUGCCCGGUGAUGCUGGAGGUCUACCGUUCCAAGAUGGACGGCGGCUCCGGCGGUCUGGCUUGGCCCAAAGCGGGCAGCAGCGCCUCCUCCGCCUCCGCCUCCUCCUCCGCCUCCUCCCAGCUGGCUCUGGCCACGCUCGGCCGCCGCAGCCCCUCGCCCAAGGGCUCCCGGCCCCCCCAGAACGGCACUGGCAGCCUCCCUCGCAACCUGGCCAGCACCCUCCAGGACAUUGAGACCAAGCGCCAGCUGGCCCUGCAGCAGAAGGGGCAGCAGGUGAUUGAGGACCAGCGCAGGCGCCUGGCCGGCCUGAAGCAGAAGGCGGCGGCCGAGGCCCAGUCCCAGUGGGAGGCCCUGCAUGGGGGGCCGCCCCCCCUCCUCUCCCCCGCGUACUCCCCCCUCAUGCACCACUCCAUCCUCCAUCAUCACCCACCCUGGGGGCUGGGCCCCCGGGACGCUGACGACGCCAAUCCCCCCGAGCGGGCCUACGACACCCUCAGCCUGGAGAGCUCCGACAGCCUGGAGACCAACCUCUCCACCGGCGGCAACUCGGCCUGCUCCCCUGACAACGGGUCCAGCGCCAGCGGGGCUGAGGCCGGCAAGAUCGAGGAGAUGGAGAAGAUGCUAAAAGAGGCCCACGCGGAGAAGUCCCGCCUGAUGGAAUCGCGGGAGCAAGAGAUGGAGCUGCGGCGCCAAGCCCUGCAGGACGAGCGGCGGCGCCGGGAGCAGCUGGAGCAGCGCCUGCAGGACGAGACGGCGCAGCGGCAGCAGCUCGUUGAGAAGGAGGUCAAGAUGCGCGAGAAGCAGUUUGCCCAGGCCCGGCCCUUGACCCGCUACUUGCCCAUCCGCAAAGAGGACUUUGACCUGCGCCUGCACGUUGAGUCGUCCGGCCACAGUGUGGACACCUGCAGCCACGUCAUCCUCUCCGAGAAGAUGUGCAAAGGCUACCUGGUCAAGAUGGGGGGCAAAAUCAAGUCCUGGAAGAAGCGCUGGUUUGUUUUCGACCGCCUGCGGCGAACCUUCUCCUACUACGUGGACAAGCAUGAGACAAAGCUGAAGGGCCUCAUCUACUUCCAGGCGAUCGAAGAGGUGUAUUACGAUCACCUCCGGAGUGCAGCCAAGAAGAGAUUCUUCUCCCUCAGCCUGGCCAGCCACAUGGCUGACUUCCUCCCUGCUGCCUUCAGCGGAGAGAGCCCCAACCCGGCGCUCACUUUCUGCGUCAAGACCCACGACCGCCUCUACUACAUGGUGGCUCCCUCCGCAGAGGCCAUGCGCAUCUGGAUGGAUGUCAUCGUCACAGGCGCCGAGGGCUACACCCAGUUCCUGAACUGACGGGCGGGAGCCAAGAAAGGAACCCCUCCCCCUGGGCUCCCUGCUGCCGCUAAGCAGGGCAGGGGAGAGGAGCAGCGGCAACCCUGGGCCUUUGCGGCUCGGAUCCACGGUGCUUUGGGCAGACAGCUCCUCCCAGGCCACGACAACGCCGCCGCCGCUCCAGCCAGGACCCUUCCCAGCCUGGGCAGCCACCGCUCCCUGCCCAGCUGAAGAAGGGCAGCGCCGUGUGCCCAGCGAUGCCAAAGACUGCUGCGCUUCUGUGCACAGGCUGCCAGGGCCGGGCUCUGCCAACCAUUCUGCUGUGUGCUUCCUUCGUUUGGAGGCUGACAGACUGCUGGGGGCUGCCCCCCCCCACCUUUGAAUAACCCCACUGGCAGGCUGCGAAGGGAGGGAGGGGUUUACUUUGUGCCCCAAACAUCACCACGUGCCUUGGGGGGGGGGGGGAGACUCCAACCCGUGACCUCCCUGCCUUUGCCUCUUCUAGUGCUCAGGGUGGGGACGUGGCUUGCUGCCCCCCUUCCAGCAUACACCACCCUCCCUGAGAAAAGGGGCCACGCCUGAGCGGCCUCUAGGGAGCCUGCUUGGAGGGGGCUGGAUUUGUAGCCCCAAGGCUUGAC